AUGAUGAACAACACCAUCAAGUUUGCUCUCUGGUUCUUGGCGAUGAUGACCCUCACUAUCGGGUUCCUCUUCACCACCGCCGGCCCAACCUUCGCCGCGAUCGACUCGACCGUUCGCAUGGAGCAGUCGAUCGUACCUCAGGCCAGCUUCGCUUCGACCAGCGACCACCACUUCUGGUCGUUGUUGGUGGCGAAGUCUGCCCGCUCCAUGAAGGAGGUUCCUCCGUUCCGAGUCGGCCGCCAUUACAUCACGACGGAGAAGAGUCUGUGGACUCUUUCGCUCGAGCAACGACACCACUACACCAUGUGUGUGGUGCUGUUCGACAUGGUGAUCAUCGCGUUGAUCACCACCGCUCUCACCAAGGCCACCAACCAAUGGGCGGCCCACUUGCUGGCCAUUGUCGAGGCGGCAGUUGAGACGGCCAAGAGGGCCAAGGAGCUGGCCGAGGCCCCCAAGAUUACCGCCGAGGAGACGCACCCGCUCGCCUCCCAAGAUGAGAUCCCCACCAAGGAGACGCGCCCGCUUGCCAGCCUGCUCAAGGAGGCCAAAGGCGAGAUCGCCUGCCUCAGCACGGCGAUGCACGUGAGCGAGGAAUGCCAACAAUCUGAAGUCAUGCCGGAGGAGGCGCACGAUGACAACGACGAAUUUCAACUCAACCCAAUGCUGAUGGGCCAGUUCAUCGACGUGGCCCUCCUCCCUCCUGUCGACACCAACUGGUGCGAACGGGUCAAGAAUCAACGUCAAGAAGAAGAAGCACAAGACCAAGAGAUCGGCGAUUCGUCAAUUGACGAUGCGGAGGAGUGGGUCGUACUUGAGGACCUCCGCGGCCGCCGCGCAGGCCCCGAGGAGGCCCCGCUCAACCCGAUGACCAUGGGCCAGUUUUUCGACGUGGCCGACCUCCCGCCGGUGUACGACCAACAGCUCCAGGCCGUUCUCAGCCGGCUGCCCGCCGCCCUCCUGAACGCGACUGACUUGAGCGAAGGUGGGAUGUGGGCCACCCUCGCCUAA